AUGGUGGAGCCAAUGUAUUUAACUUGUACCUAUAGCUCCCAAAACAGUGGGAUAGAGAAGCACAGGGACAGUAGUGGGAUAGAGAAGCAGAGGGACAGUAGUGGGAUAGAGAAGCUCAGGGACAGUAGUGGGAUAGAGAAGCACAGGGACAGUAGUGGGAUAGAGAAGCACAGGGACAGUAGUGGGAUAGAGAAGCUCAGGGACAGUAGUGGGAUAGAGAAGCUCAGGGACAGUAGUGGGAUAGAGAAGCACAGGGACAGUAGUGGGAUAGAGAAGCACAGGGACAGUAGUGGGAUAGAGAAGCUCAGGGACAGUAGUGGGAUAGUGAAGCACAAGGACAGUAGUGGGAUAGAGAAGCACAGGGACAGUAGUGGGAUAGAGAAGCACAGGGACAGUAGUGGGAUAGAGAAGCUCAGGGACAGUAGUGGGAUAGAGAAGCUCAGGGACAGUAGUGGGAUAGAGAAGCUCAGGGACAGUAGUGGGAUAGAGAAGCUCAGGGACAGUAGUGGGAUAGUGAAGCACAAGGACAGUAGUGGGAUAGAGAAGCACAGGGACAGUAGUGGGAUAGAGAAGCACAGGAACAGUAGUGGGAUAGAGAAGCUCAGGGACAGAAGUGGGAUAGAGAAGCACAGGGACAGUAGUGGGAUAGAGAAGCACAGGGACAGUAGUGGGAUAGAGAAGCAGAGGGACAGUAGUGGGAUAGAGAAGCACAGGGACAGUAGUGGGAUAGAGAAGCAGAGGGAGAGUAGUGGAAUAGAGAAGCACAGGGACAGUAGUGGGAUAGUGAACCACAGGGACAGUAGUGGGAUAGAGAAGCUGAGUCACAGUAGUGGGAUAGAGAAGCUGAGUCACAGUAGUGGGAUAGAGAAGCACAGGGACAGUAGUGGGAUAGCGUAG